CGCUGAAAUGUGACGCAAUCCGUAAGCGACGGCAAACUAAUGAGAUGGAUUGUUUGAUCACACAAGUGAGAGUUGUUUGUUAUCGCUGAAACUUGUUUUACGAUUGCAGAAAUGUGGUAAUCUUCUUCCUUGGCUUGUAAGGCGUAACCCCUGAGAAGGAUCUCCACCCUCUAAGACUUCAGUCUGAAACUGUCAACUACCUGGCCAGCCAGGGUGCAGGUUAGCUGGGCGAUAUGGGCAAAAAUAUUGCAAUAAAUUGCCUGAAUUGGUGCGAUAUCGAUAAAUAUAAUUAUAUUUUUAUAACAUUUUGCACCACCGUUUUUUAUUUUUUAUUCUACUACUAGUUUAUGGUUGUAGCCAUCAAUUGUCCCAUUAACAAUCACCCAUAUUUACAAAUUUAUUUCACUUCAAACUUAACAUUUCUCAUGUGCAGGCUACUUAAUUAACGAUGUCAGCAAAAUGCCUGCGGUAAGUGAUCAGUAUGGUCGAUGUCGAUAAUUUUCGGUUUAUCAUCCCAGCUCUAGUCCAGGGUCCUUAUCCACCCACAACUCAAGCAGAGUCCAUCUACUGGGGAACUCCCUGGUUCAGUGCCCCUGAGGGCUGGGACCAGCACUGUGGGCCAGAGGCAGCUGUGAAGGGAUGGGGUAGUAGCUGAGGACAGAGCCAUGGUUCAUAACGUCUCAGUCCCCCAAACACCACCGCCGGCACUGGUGGGCACCAAUGGCCGCUCCUCUGGGAGGAAGAGGACACCCAAGGCAUGUGACUGCUGUGGGCCAAACUCUAAGCACCACAAUGGAAAGGACCCACAUGGGAAGACUCCAGGUGGCAAGCCCAGACAACGCAGGGCCCAGCCGGGGAAGGGCAGGCGCCAGGCACUGGGGGAGACCACCAAGAGGACAGGUGGUCACCACUCUUCUGAGAAGACCCAGAUGACAGAGGAGCAGGUAACAGCCAUCCGACAGGAGCUGGAGAAAGACUCAGUUGGGGAGGAGGUAACCAACUCCUUGGCUCCACCUGUAACCAACUCUGUCAGUCAACCUGUAAUGAAUGUUGUGGCUCGACCUGUAACCAACUCUGUCAGUCAACCUGUAAUGAAUGUUGUGGCUCAACUUGUAACCAACUCUGUCGGUCAACCUCAACCGUUAACAGACUCUAUGGGUCAACCCUUAAUGAACUCUAUGGGUCAGAAGUUAACGUACACUGUGGUUAAACUGGUGACCAAGUCUGUGGUUCAACCGGUAACAAAUGCUAUGGUUCAACCGGUAACAAACUCUGUGGUUCAACCUAUAAUGAAGGCAGUGGUUGAGCAUGUUCCUGAUUCAGAGAUGGAGCAGGAGAAUGGUUGUGAAGGGGCUGUGUGUGAGGGGGAGCAGGCCCCUGGUCUGGAGAUGGAGCAGGAGAAUGGUUGUGGUUUAGACAAACAGCCGGUAACCGACUCUAACACGGAGGUCAUGAAGCAGCCCCAGGCUGGUGACGCAACUGUCUCCCUUUCCAACGGUACAUCUGCUGUGCCCAACGAGGAACCAACAGACUGUAGCGCCCAUAUGGAGGUGGAACCACCAGCCACAGCCUGUGUUUCCCCAGGCAUUAUGUUAUGCAGCACCCUCCACCCCUUCGCUCUGUGGGACCACAGAGAUUACUGUGAGGUGGGAGUGUGGGCUCCAAGCCCUGAGACAGAGGAGGACUGUGUCUCAGACCCAGCACAGCAACCCAACCCUGAAGACAACAUCCAUGAAGUAAUCAUAGACCUUAUACAUGAGUUCCUGGCGUUCUUCUAUGUGAAGUACGGCAGCUUUAUCCCCCUCAGUGAGACUGACGUCCUGGAGCAUCUGAAGAACAAGUGUAACACUGACCUCCAUGACAAGAAGCUAAACAUCCACUCAGAAAUGAUGAAGUACAAAGCGGGUCUCGCCUCCACCUCUAUGAAGUGCUUCAAGGUGGACUACAACAAGCACACUCUGACCCUGGAGGACCUGUCCACACUGGAUGACCAAAACUGGGUCAACGACCAGGUGAUAAACAUGUAUGGAGAAUUGAUCAUGGAGGCUACACAGAACAAGGUUCAUUUCUUCAACAGCUUUUUCCACAGGCAGCUGGUGGCCAAAGGCUACGAAGGGGUUAAGAGAUGGACCAAAAAGGUGGAUCUGUUUUCUAAGAGGCUGUUGUUGAUUCCUAUCCACCUGGAGAUUCAUUGGUCCCUGAUCACAGUGGAUAUAGCCAACCACCACAUCCACUAUUAUGACUCCCAGGGCAUCGUUUUCAAAUACACCAUGGAGAACAUCCUGAGUUACAUCCUGGCUGAGGCCGAGGAGAAGAAACAAACUGGAUAUCAGAAAGGCUGGAAGACGACUAUAAACAAGGGUAUUCCUCAACAGAAGAACGACAGUGAUUGUGGAGUCUUCAUCUUGGAGUACUGCAAGUGCCUGGCAUUGAAAGAGCCGCUGCAGUUUACACAGGACGACAUGCCCAAAGUCCGCAAGAGGAUUUACAAAGAGCUCUGUGACUGUAAACUGAAUGACUGAUCAACCGCGGUGUCCCAGCUCAGAGAGUACACCUGCCUUUCCACUGGACCGUGGGCUUAACGACUGUUUGACCCUUAUUGUGGAAGGGCCAUUAAUACUUUAAAACACGACGAGCCAAGAAGCUGAAUGAAGUGCGGUGGAAACAGGACACGUUGUUUGACUACCGACACAGAGAUGGCAACCAUCUGUCCUUCACUGGAGGGCCAGCGGUGCAUAGUUGGGGCUUUUUUUUUUUAUAUAUAUACCUUGAUAAUGAGAGAGACUUUUGAAUUUCUUUUGAGUUGACGUCCACAAAGUUUCCACUGCUGACUGACUGGCUGACCUGGAGCGAACACUGCUGGUAGGUUUCAGAGGCCGGUAAUGGGCCUACCAGUGUUUGACACGUGUCCUAGCUUCAGUUCUUGAAAUGUAAACAGGAGAUUAUAUGGGACAGUAGGUGAAACUUGAAGGUUCUUGUUUUAUAUCAUGUAGUGUUUGCCUGACUAGUGAGGUAGAGAACAAUAACUCAUCGAAGGCUAGCUUUUAACUGAAUAUACUGUUUUAAUGUUACUUAAUCUCGAACCGCUUCUUAGUUCUUGAGAAACUCCACGUUUGUUAUCGGGGAGUUAGUUAUGAUUACCCAUGAUGCUCCACUGAGAAUGGCUUCAUGACAACACACACCUCUUCCUGCUUCUGUUGAAAAUACGCUGUUAAAACAAUAAGUAUAUCUUGACAUUUUAGUGUACUGAGGAAGAAUUCAAUGAUACUGCUGUAGAACAGUUUCUAAGCCUUUUAUUGUAUGAGAACCAUAGCUGGCCGGGCCAUCUUCCUCAUUGGAGGAUCACCAAUCACUUAGGUGGUGUCAGUCCCCCAUCUGAGGGUGCUGGUCCACAGACAGGUUGUAGAUGAGAAAAUGCUGCUGUAGAAAUUGCUGAAUCCCAUCUAUACUGUCUGUCAUUAAUGCACAUUUGAGCCCAGUGUAUACCUGGUGCUAACAUGUGCCUUUUGUGCUGUUGUCCACAUUCUGAUUGUGCCCACAUUUUUAAGACUGGUGUAGACGAUUUAAAAUGUCUGGAUAUGAAUCAAGUGUGAACAGAUCUGGAUGUUCACAACCAUUUCAGUCAUCAUACCAGUUAGCAUCAUUGAUUUAUGGCAUCAGUAACUGUCUUUAAAUAAAUAACUUUUCUGCAAUGGA